AUGACUUGCAAUCCUCAAUGCCCUGAAAUUAAGGAAAACCUUGAUGGAUGCCCAUUAGAGUAUCGACCUGAUUUGCAGGUCGCUAAAACAUUCAGCUUGGAUGUCAAAGAGGUUAUGAAGGAUCUAAUCCAAAAUGGAAUUUUUGGAAAUAUCAUAGCCUAUGCAGGCGUGAUUGAGUUCCAAAAAAGAGGACUUCCACAUUUGCAUUUACUUGCAAUGUUGAGUGAUGAAGAUAAGCCUCGACUUCAAGAAGUCAUUGACAUGAUGGUAUGGGCUGAAAUUCCUGACGAAGAAAGACAUCCAAAACUUAAUGCAAAAGUUCUGAAGCACAUGAUUCAUGGUCAGUGUGGCAACCAAUCUCAGAGAUAUCCUUGCACUGGUGACGAUGGAAAAUGCUCAAAAGGCUUUCCAAAAGAGUUUUGA